AAAACUUAUCACAUCGCAGUUUCCUUCUCCUAAGAUAAUUUUUAGUCAGGUCUGGUUUUUCCAGAACCCUGAACUAUAUUAGGGACCAUGUCUUCCUUUGGAUACCGCAGAGAGAUCAGUAAAUAUGAAGAUAUUGAUGAAGAUGAGCUACUGGCCUCAUUAACAGAAGAGGAGUUGCAGGAAUUGGAGAGGGAGCUGGGGGAUAUUGAGCCUGAUCAUAAUCUCCCUGUUGGAAUGAGGCAAAAAAGUCUAACAGAAAAAUCUCCAACAGCAAAUUUUAGCAGAGAUGCACUAAUGGCUUAUUGGGAAAAGGAGACCAAAAAGUUAAUUGAGAAGGAGCAGCUUGGUGCAUGUGAUAAGAAUCAUAAGGAGGAGGAAGAAGAUGGAAGUGAAGAAGAAGAUUUUGUAGGAAGUAACAGUGAGGUUUCUGAAGAAAUUUAUACAGAAGAAGAUGAAGAGGAGGAAGAGGAGGUGGAAACAGAAAGUGAUGAGGAAGAAAGUAACCACGAGGAAGAAACCACUGAAGCUAGAAAAAGUUCAGACAGCAUCCCAACAAUAACAAUCAAUGGAAUCAGUGAUAAUAAAGCCUCAUCCAAUGGUUACAAUAGCAUUGGUGCUAAAUAUGGCAAACAAACCAAUGAGCUUCCAAGCAAUAAAGCAACCUUUGGCCUUGCUGGCUCCAACCCGACAGUUAUAGAUGAUGCGCUAGAAAAUAUUAAAAACAAUGACCCAGACACUUUGGAAGUCAAUCUAAAUAACAUCGAGAACAUCACACCAGAAUCACUUCUAUCCUUUGCACUAGCUAUGAAAGAUAACACAAACGUUAAAGUGUUUAGCUUGGCUAAUACACAUGCUGAUGACAAUGUUGCAAUAGCAAUUUCUAAUAUGCUUCGAGUCAAUAGAAGUAUUACAAGUCUGAACAUAGAAUCUAACUUUAUCACAGGAAAAGGCAUAAUAGCUAUUAUGAGGGCUUUGCAGUACAGUAAUAAUGUGCUGACGGAACUGAGAUUCCAUAACCAGAGACAUAUCAUGGGAAGUCAGGUAGAGAUGGAAAUAGCAAAAUUGCUCAAAGACAAUACUAGCAUUAUAAAGUUAGGAUAUCACUUUGAGCUGCCAGGACCACGUAUGUCCAUGACAAGUAUUCUGACCCGGAAUAUGGAUAAACAAAGACAGAAAAGAAUGCAGGAGCAAAAGGAAUCUGGUUAUGAUCCCACAUCUAACCUCAGGACCAAAACGCUGCAAAGAGGAACACCAAGGGCUUCACCAUACUCUUCCCCUAGGGAUUCACCAUGGACAUCUCCAAAAAUAGCUAGAAAGGUUCAGCCUGGAAACACAUCAACGCCUUCACCUCCACCACCACCACCUCCACCACCCCCUCCUCCUCCUUCAAUAUUUGUAACACUUCAACAGGAAAAGAAAGUUCCCACCAGAAAUAUUGCAGAAGUUAUCAAACAACAUGAAUUAUCUGCAAAAAAACAGCAAAAUGGGCAUAAAAAAACAAAAGGGAAAAAAAGCAAAAAGGAACAGAAUAAUAUUUUAAAAGAGUUAAAAAAUUCUUUGAGAUCAAUCUCUGAAAUGAAACCAGAAGAGUUGUCCAGGCCCUCAACUCCCCAGAAAUCUGUACAUGAUAAUCUUAUGGAUGCUAUUAGAGGGAGCAACAUAAAACAGCUGAAGAAGGUGGAAGUUCCAAAAUCCCUUCAAUAAGUCCCGAACUGUACAAGAAAAAUCAACUGAAUGCUGUUGCAGAGCAUAUGUAUUUAAAUGCGUUUUUGGGUAUAACACAGAUAUUUUAGUACAGCACAUGGUUGUUAAAAGAGUAUUUGUAAAUAUGGAGUACACUUUUUUAUUUGGCAUUUUUCCUUACCUGUGUACUAUAAAAUUGUUUUUUAUGUAUGUUGGAUAAUUAUCACAAGUAACUUUGCACUAAAAAGUUUUGUUUCCAUUUUUUUAUUUUGAUUUAUUUAUUUUGACGAAUAUGAAAUAAAGGCAUCUGUUUCCUUUUUGAAAACUGAAAACAUAAAAAAGAAUAUAUUGCUUAAAUGUUUGCAAAAUAUCCAAAAUCAUUUGCGAGUAUCAUUUUUGUUGCAACUACUUUUUUUUUUUUACUAAAUUUAUUAAAAGAAGUGAUCUUUGUUUCA